UCUUUGGGUUCUUCCUUGCCUUGUAUAUAUAUACACACACACACAUGACACAUUGCAUCUUCAAUAGACAUACUCUGUCUGUCAGUUACUUUCUCUUAAUUCUCUUAAAUUCUUCUCAAUCUCCACCUGCCUCCUCAUUGACAAGACCAAACUACACCAUCUUUAAUCACGGUGUCUGACCAUUAAUCCUUCAAAGAUGGUGGCAAGAGGUGAUAUGAUUUGUCACCUCUGUGUAGUUACAAUUACAUGGAUGGUACUGGCGAGUAAUGUCAUCAACGCUGAAAAUCCUUACAGAUUCUUUGACUGGAACAUCACCUAUGGAAAUAUCUAUCCUCUAGGAGUCCCACAACAGGGGAUUUUGAUAAAUGGACAGUUUCCAGGGCCUGAUAUAUACUCAGUCACCAAUGACAAUCUCAUUAUCAAUGUUCAUAAUAGCUUGCCUGAGCCUUUUCUCAUAUCAUGGAAUGGGGUACAGCAAAGGAAGAAUUCUUAUCAAGAUGGAGUGUAUGGCACAACAUGUCCAAUCCCUCCAGGGAAGAACUUCACUUACACUCUGCAAAUGAAAGACCAAAUUGGGAGCUUCUAUUACUACCCAUCACUAGCCUUCCACAAGGCAGCUGGUGGCUUUGGAGGCAUUAGAAUCCUAAGCAGGCCUUUGAUUCCUGUUCCUUUCCCUGAACCUGCUGGGGAUUUCACUCUUCUUAUUGGAGAUUGGUACAAGACCAAUCACUCGAUAUUGAAGGCUAUAUUAGAUGGUGGUCACAAGCUUCCUUCCCCUGAUGGUGUCCUGAUUAACGGUCGUGGCAGCGGUGCAUCCAUCACUUUUGAACAAGGGAAAACUUACAGGCUGAGAAUAUCAAAUGUGGGGCUUAAGAAUUCACUCAACUUUAGAAUUCAAGGCCACCAGAUGAAACUUGUUGAAGUUGAGGGAACCCACACUGUACAAAACACAUAUUCGUCGCUAGAUAUUCACGCAGGCCAAUCCUACUCUGUUCUAAUCACAGCAGACCAACCCCCUAAAGACUACUAUAUUGCUGUCUCAACUCGUUUCACUAACGAGGUCCUCAACACCACUGCGAUUCUUCAUUACAGCAACUCUGCCAGUCCUGUUUCUGGUCCAAUCCCAAAUGGACCAGCCACCUAUGACAUUAGCUGGUCUUUCAACCAGGCUCGGUCUAUCAGGACUAACCUGACAGCAAGCGGGCCGAGACCGAACCCUCAAGGAUCAUACCACUAUGGUCUUGUCAACAUUACUAGAACCAUCCAGUUAGUAAGCUCAGCAGAUCAGGUUAAUGACAAGCAAAGAUACGCAGUUAAUGGAGUGUCUUUUGUCCCAGCUGACACACCUCUUAAGCUUGCAGACUACUUCAAGAUCAAUGGAGUGUUUCGGGUUGGAAGCAUCCCAGAUUCUUACCCUGCUGGCAAGAAAAUGCAUCUUGACACAUCAGUCAUGGGUGCCAAUUUCCGAGACUUUAUUGAGAUUGUGAUUCAGAACAAAGAAAAUAUUCUCCAGACCUGGCAUCUAAAUGGAUACAACUUCUGGGUGGUUGGAAUGGAUGCAGGAACAUGGACACCCGUGAAUCGAAAUGAGUACAAUCUUCAAGAUGCUAUUUCGCGUUCCACAACUCAGGUGUAUCCCAAGUCAUGGACUGCUAUUUAUGUAGCAUUAGAUAAUGUGGGAAUGUGGAACAUGAGGGCUGAAUUUUGGGCGCGACAAUAUCUCGGACAACAAUUUUACCUUCGUGUAUAUACGCCCUCAAAUUCGACGAGAGAUGAGUAUCCAAUUCCAACAAAUGCCCUUCUCUGUGGCAGGGCCAGAGGCUGAAGUGCUUGAUCCCAUUAAGCAUGAGUUAGUGAUUAACGCAUUGCGACUUAUGUAAACAUUCUUUGCUGAGAAAGUGAAUUGUAACAUUUAUUUUAUACCAUACAUACAUCGAUCAUUCUGCAGAAAAUAAAUGCAUUCAAAGUUUUUCUACUGAAUAAAAGAUCUAUAAGUUCAGUUCUGAAA